GUCAAAAUAAAUUUGUACUGUUAUCUAAACUUUGGUUUAUAAGCAAUAUCGGGAAGCAAUUUUCAUAAUUUGAGUGGAGGAAUUAAUUUCAGGCCAUUUAAUUUUGACAAAUACUUUGUGCUGCUAAUUUUACUAAAUCUUUUUAUUUUUAAUCAAUAAGAUUAUAUACUAGAAAAAAAAACUCAUAAAAUGAGUGUCGUUGGUAAACCACUCAACUCCUUGCAAUCUAACACUGACAUCAACGCCAAAGAUGGAAGAGAAACAAGUUCUAAGACAUCAAUUUUGGGGAAAUUCAUAGCGCCAAACGAUGUUCUUAACUUAAAUAAAAUAACUGAAGAUUAUUUGUGCUCUGUCCAUGACAACAUCUACGAUAUCGAUUUUACGCGGUUUAAAAUACGUGACCUGGAUUCAGGUGCAAUAUUGUUUGAAAUAGCUAAACCAAGUGACCGAUUCUCUCCUAAUUUGGAAGAUAAAUUAAUCGAAGCUGCUGAGGGAAUGUCCAUUGACGAUUCAGUCGAUGCCAAUGCGGGACGCUAUGUACGAUACCAAUUUACGCCAGCUUUUCUCGGAUUAAAGAACGUUGGGGCAACGGUGGAAUUUACUGUUGGCGGUAAGCCUGUGAACAACUUUCGGAUGAUUGAACGACAUUUUUUCCGAGAUCGGAUGUUAAAAACCUUCGACUUUGAAUUUGGAUACUGCAUUCCUUACUCUAAAAACUCCUGUGAACAUAUUUAUGAGUUUCCUAAUCUUCCUUCAGAAUUAGUUUCAGAAAUGAUUGCCAGUCCAUUUGAAACUCGUUCGGAUAGUUUCUAUUUUGUUGAGAACCGUCUUAUCAUGCACAACAAAGCCGAUUAUGCAUAUGACGGAGGUUUAUUUAUAUAAAUUUAAGCUUUCAAAGAAAAAAAA